AUGCCACCUCAUCGACGACAAAGCAGCAGCAGCAAUGUCACUCCUUCACGUCAAGGUUCAGUAGAAACAGAACGAGAAGAUAGUGUGACAAGAGAAGAAGAAAAGCAGACACAAAAGGAUACAACCAUAGACGCAGAAGUGGAAGAUGAUGAAAAGGAAGAAGUCGUUGUUGAUAUGGAUACCCAUAUGCAAGCUCAAAUGGAAAAACAAAAAGAAGACAUGAAAAUUUUACUAGAGAAUUUCUCACCUGAGCAACUUCAAAGAUAUGAAGCUUAUAGAAGAUCGGCAUUAAAUAGGACAAAUGUCAAAAGGUUGGUAAGUCAAGUGCUCAAUCAGCAAUGUUCACAAACAAUGGCCUUUGUUGUUGCAGGUUUUGCAAAAGUGUAUGUGGGUGAAAUCAUUGAAAAAGCGAGAGAUGUCAUGGAAGAAUGGAAUGAUACGGGACCUAUCCGACCCGAACACUUACGAGAAGCACACAGAAGAUACUUAAAAGAGUCGAGCUUUGCUAAUUUGGGAAGGAAAUUUUGA